AUGGCCGCCUCCUCCCGCCGCGCGUCGCAACUGCUGGGGUCCGCCGCCUCCCGCCUCCUCCACGCGCGGGGCUUCGCCGCGGCGGCCGCCGCGGCGCCCUCGCCGGCGGUCUUCGUCGACAAGAGCACCCGCGUGAUCUGCCAGGGCAUCACGGGGAAGAACGGCACCUUCCACACCGAGCAGGCCAUCGAGUACGGCACUAACAUGGUUGGUGGAGUGACUCCUAAGAAAGGUGGAACUGAACAUUUAGGGCUCCCAGUGUUUAACUCUGUAGCAGAAGCUAAGGCUGAAACAAAAGCCAACGCAUCUGUUAUAUAUGUUCCACCACCAUUUGCUGCCGCCGCUAUAAUGGAGGCCAUGGAGGCUGAGCUCGACCUUGUUGUCUGCAUUACGGAAGGAAUUCCGCAGCAUGACAUGGUGAAAGUGAAGGCUGCACUAAACAGGCAGUCUAAAACUCGAUUGAUUGGGCCAAAUUGCCCUGGUAUCAUUAAGCCUGGUGAGUGUAAAAUUGGAAUCAUGCCAGGUUACAUCCACAAGCCUGGGCGUAUUGGGAUCGUAUCUCGUUCUGGUACCUUGACAUAUGAAGCGGUGUUUCAAACAACAGCUGUAGGUUUGGGGCAGUCAACUUGUGUAGGCAUUGGUGGUGACCCGUUCAAUGGCACAAAUUUUGUUGAUUGCCUUGAAAAGUUUGUUGAGGACCCUCAAACAGAAGGUAUUGUUCUCAUUGGUGAAAUUGGAGGUACGGCUGAGGAGGAUGCUGCAACAUUCAUCCAGGAAAGCAAAACACAAAAGCCUGUCGUUGCAUUCAUUGCUGGACUUACGGCACCCCCAGGCCGUCGCAUGGGUCAUGCUGGAGCUAUCGUGGCAGGAGGAAAGGGUACUGCCCAGGACAAAAUCAAGGCACUCAGAGAGGCCGGUGUUACCGUUGUCGAGUCACCAGCGAAGAUCGGUUCUACCAUGUUUGAAAUCUUCAAGCAGCGUGGAAUGGUAGAAUAG